AUGAUUCCCAUCAUGGCAGAGCAAACACAAAAGGUAUUUGAAGACUGGUUCAAUAAAAACGAACUUGAUGCGCAAGAAGAAUUAAGUAGAUUAACUUUAAUGAUAAUUGCUUCUGCAGCAUUUGGUCAAAAUCGCGAAACGAUUGAAAACAGUAGACCAAUCAUACAUGAAAUAUUUACAGACGUUCUGAAUGCCAUACAACAUCGUUUAUUUAAUCCUCUUUCGUCGAUUCCUUUUCUGUCAAUGCUUCCCAUCAUGAAAAAGCCUAUCAUUGACCAAGGUGCAGAUAAAAUUCGUCAAUUUGUUGAUCAAAUCAUUCUAGCACGUAGACAACGUUCUAGUCAAAGUCAAUGUCAAGGCAGCGACAUUCUCGAUUUACUUCUCUCAGCCAAAGAUGAUAAUGGUCAGGGUUUUUCAAAUUGUCAAAUUCGUGAAGAAACAUUAGCUUUCAUUCUAGCUGGACAUGAGACAACAAGUACUUUAAUUACAUGGUGCUUGUAUGUUGUUAUGACCAAUUCCGAGGUUUAUCGUGCUUGUCUACAGGAAGUCGAUCAUGUGUUACAGGAUGGUACUGAACUUGAUCAUCACAAACUAGAUCAAUUACAAGUGAUCGAAGCUGUGAUUUACGAGACACUUCGUUUAUAUCCACCAGUACCGUUCUUUAUUCGGCAAUGCAUUCAAGAACAUAUCAUUGGUGGCGGUGAUUCAGAACAACAACCAAUAUCUGUACCUCGAGGAGUUAUUGUUCAUAUAAAUACGUACAUUCUUCAUCGAUUAGAAAAAUAUUGGGGUAUGAAUGCUGACCAAUUUGAUUAUAAUCGAUGGUUAAAGAAUCCAGAAACGGGUGUCAAGCCGAAACUAAAACAUCCAUUCUGUUAUUUACCAUUCUCAGCAGGAAAUCGCAAUUGCAUCGGACAGCACUUUGCGCUUAUCGAAGCUAAGGUGAUUUUAUCUCUUUUCUUCAAAUAUUUUACAUUUAAAAUGGUCGAAGGUCAGAUUGUUGUCCCUGACUUCUCAUUAACGAUGAAACUUGCUUAUGGACUUCGAAUGAAAAUUAAAAGACGAUCAUUAUCAAAGUAG